GUCCAGGCCCGGAACCCUUUGAAGAUGAAAAACCAGCCUUUCCUCCUGAUUUGGAGUGGUUAGAAGAGUUGUAUGAAGAGGAAAAUGCUGCUGAUGGCAAUGACCUUCCGGUUGUAGCUGACAGAAGUGGGAAGAUGAUUCAUGCCAAAACAGCACGGAUGUUCAAACUGAGAAGGAACCUGGACCAGCUGGACACUUUGCACCAACAGAAAGAACAAAAUGUGAUUAAUGCCAGAGAGGAGCUUAAACUCUGUCGUCAGAACAUUCAAAGUUUGAUGGAACAGAGGGAUUGCUUGGAGAGAGAGAUCGAGCAACAGAAAAGAGAUAACAGCGUGGCAGUGUUUCGUUUGCGAGCCCAGCAUAAACAUUUGUGUCAAACGCUGCAGAGUGAGGAGGAACUGGAGGGCAACAUCGACAGAGUGCUGAAGCAACACGAAUUGGAGUUGACAGAGAUAGAAGUGGAGCUCGGCAGGGUCUCUCUGCUCCGGGAGGAGUUGAAGGAGGAGGAGCAGGUCUUCCAGGUCCUUAAGGGCCAGAAGGCAGCAACGCGAUUGCAGCAUGAGAAGCAAGCCAGGAAGAACUUGCAGCUCAAAUCUCAGCUUCUCAGGGAUAAACAGGCAGAAAGGAUAACGAGAGAGGGCACUGAAUGUCAGAAGAAAAUUGAAGAGGUCCAGGCUAGCCACAAGGUAGCAUCAAAGCACUUGAAGAAGACCAUCGAUAGGAUGCAGCAGCAAAAGGCUGAGAAGGAUCAACAGAUGAAGCAGAUACAGGAAAAGAGAACACAGGCUGUCAAUUCCCUGAAGUUAAACAUAGCAGCCGCCCAUGAGAGCUUACAAGUCCAACAAAGCGGAGCCAGAGCAAAUGCCCCGAGAAAGGAGCAUCAACACAGACAACUGACAAAAUCCCUGCAGACCCAAGGCACCAACAGUAGCAGGCAUAUGUACCAACAGAAACAACUAGAGGAGAGAAAACGAAAACAAGAGGAAGUUGAGGAGAGGCAGAAGUCAAAGAGAGUGGAGAUUGUGGCCAAACUACUUCAGGAGGAACAGCUCGUAAAGAGCAGAAAGAGGCAUCAAGCACUUGUGCCUAAACCCUCUACCACUGACAAGCGCUCAUCCCAGGGGGGGGCAACAGAAGAGCUCCUGCUCUACCUGGAUGAUAGGUCCUCAUCUGCCAGGGAGGAGGGAGCCACAGUUUCAAGAGAUUUCAGUGACAUCAGCAGCUCAUCAUCAGCUUCCUCUGACAAUGAGGACCUGGAGGACACCAUGCACCAGGAGGAGGAUCUUCAAAGCCACAUUGACAGUUUGAUCAAGCCUGAGUUCUCUGGGCUGUGGGACCAGAACUACAAGAAAUUCCUGAAUGAGAAACCUACAUCAGUACAGACAGAGGUAAAGCAGGAAGAACCCGCAAUGGCCAGUCCAAAGCUCAACAUGCCAAAAAGUGCUAAAAAAGUCCAUGGAAAACAGUUCAAAGGGACUUCAUUUAGCAGCAACCCUGACAUCAUCUUCUUCAAGGACUUUGAAGUGGGGAAAAAGUACAAGAAGAAAAUUGUCCUGACAAAUGUCAGCUACAUGAACAGCCACUGCAGGCUUCUCGGGGUCUCUGCCAAUCUGAAGAAUUGUAUCACUAUCAACCUUGACUCUCCUGAUUUGUUGCCUACUGGUAUGUCCUGUGAUGUUCAUGCUGUUUUUCAACCGAUGAUCAAUGAGGACCUGGAAGGAGAGGUCCAGUUUUCAUCAGCAGUGGGUCCCUUCUCUGUGUCUGUCAGAUGCACCACAAAAAGAUGUGAUAUGGAGGUUGAUGAACGGUUCAUUGACUUUGGCAUGCACGUUGUGGGCCAGGCAAUUUCACGGACUAUCAUUUUGACCAACAAGGGUGCACUGGCCACCCUCUUCAGCCUGGAAACCUCACCGUUUGUCAUUCCAGAAUCUCAGCCGGUCCGGAUGCUAUCCCAGGCCUCAGUCAACACAUGCCAGGAGACAAGCAGUAAAAACCCAACAUCUGACAACCAGACAAGCUCUGCCUCUAUAGAAACAGGAGAACCUCAGCUCAAGCAAGAGUGUCAUAGGCUCUCUGACAAGUUGCUGCAAGGACACACAGUGUCUGAGGCUUCAGCUGCAGAUCCACAAGCUGUUCCUGAGGCUUGUGAGUCCAUCGAUGCGGUAUCCCAGAUGGACCAGAGCAACUCAGAAUUUGGUGACAUAAGUCUAGGAAACGUUAGAGGAGGGGAAGUUGGACCAUUCGAAAGCAUCAAACUGGAGGUCUUAUUCACUCCCACCAUUCCAGGAGAGGCCAAGCUUGACUUUCACAUCAAAUUCUCUGACUUAAACAGCAAACCAAUACCCAUCCAAGUGAGGGGUGUGGCAGCCAGCAUCCCUGUAUGGGCGGAACGGUCGACCAUUGACCUUAAAAUCUGCAUGUUUGACCACAUCUAUCAAGACAUUAUAACCAUCCAAAGCAGAUCCAGCAUAGCUUUAAAGCUGACCUUUGAGGUGUGCUCGGAAAUGAAAAAACACAUGGAGGUCCAUCCAAAGACGUGCUUCAUCCAGGCUCAAUCAAGCUUUAAUGCCCUACUCAAAUUCCAGCCGAGAUGUUCCUUAGCAGAAGAUGCCAAGUGUUAUGACAGAGAUACAGGAGUCCUCGAGGUUCCAAUGACAGUGCAAGUAGCAGGCCAGAUGAAGCCUGUCCAUUUCACCGUCCAAGCAAUUGUGACCUCAUCAGACUUGCAGUUUGACCGGACUGAGGUGGACUUUGGCUACAGUUCCAUUUUCCAGUCAGUCAAGAGCAGUGUUCACCUUACCAACCUCUCCCUGCUGCCUCAGGACUUUGGCUUCUUAGAUGUUCCUGAGUUUAUUGAGGUCCAGCCUAAUGACGGCUUUGGCACUCUGCUCCCACAAGAGACGAUGGAAAUCUUUCUGAUUUUCAAUGCGAAAAAGGCCAAAGCUUCCAGUUUUAAACUCAGCUGCAAAUCUGGAAUUAACAGAGAUUUCCUCCUGUCUUGCCGAGCGGUCGGUUUCUGCCCUCCAUUGAAGCUCUCUCAUUCGCUGGUCAAAUUUGGGGCUACAGCAGUAGGUAGCCACUCCACCGUUGUACUCCACCUGAUCAACCAUAAAACCAAGAAUAACCAGCCAAAACAACCAAUCUCUCCAGGCAUGGCUCCUAUAGCAGCCAAAAUGUUUUCCUUUGCCUUACCAGAGGAUUCAGACAUCAGCAUCACUCCUUCAGCAGGAAGCCUCCUGCUUGGCGAGAAACAACAAAUCCAGGUCACAUUUAGACCCAGACUGCGAGAGCAGGAGAUCAAAGAGGAGGCGCUGCGACUCCUCCACCGACUGGGGCCUCUUCCUGAAAAGGAGUUUGAGAAGAACAGUCACACUAAACAGCAACAGGACCCAGUGGAAAUCGGUAAAGAAAAGAAGACAUCUGUGAUUCUAAACAACAACAUGACAUCAGACGGAAAGACGACUGACCAACCCACGGAAUCAACAGAUACUGCUGAGAUCCAGCAAGGGUCACAGCUGUAUGAAAAGGCCAGGCUCUCCCUGCUCUGCUCCUUCACCCAGCGUUUCAGAGAGUACAGCAUCCCCUGCUAUGUGUUGGACGGAGAGCCAUCAGAGAACGACAUUGAGACCCAGCAGCCAUGGAGCACAUUGAAUACCCUUUACUUGAAGCUGCAAUGUCCUGCCAUACAGCCCCCUCUGGUGGUUAUUUCCAACAAUGGACACAAUAUCAUAGACUUCCACCAGGUGGCAGUGGGAGAAAAGAAGAUCAAGAAGAUUAUGGUUCAGAACAUUUCACAUGAGUCCUUGGAUGUAUCCUUCUACUCUGCAUAUAUGGAUCAGCUUUGUUUAAGUGAAAACUUAGUCAAAUACUGUGAGACUUUGGAAGUGCAUAGCCACAGGAUGACACUGGAGAUGACUCUUUCUGGGGAUGGUGUGGUCCCUGUUGUUACCUGCAUCCAAUCAGGAGACCUACUUGACUUUGGCUAUGUGUUUGAGGAGGAGAGCGCCUCAAAGGUCGUGAAGCUGCAGAACAGCUCUGUCGUGGCAGUAAAGUUCAGGGUGCUGCUGGCCAGCUUCUGUCCCUCCAGGACUCAGGGUGAAGCUGAUGAUGUGGCCCACCAGCUUGGGAGUUAUAAAGACAUAAAGGUCCAACCUAAAGUGGGAACCCAGAACUACAGUGGGUUAAGUGUGUUCAGCGUUGUGCCAGUAGAGGGCAGCAUUGCUCCAGGACAGAGCAAGGACGUCACUGUCACCUUCCAGCCUGACCAUCCGUCUGUAAACUAUUCUGACAGACUAACAGUAGAGUUAAUGAAUAAGAGUAAAGUGUGUGUGAUGGAUCUAAAGGGUGCAGCUUCUUCCCAUAACAUGUAUCUAUAUGGAGAAGAACUUCUCACCAUGCCCACUGGAGCCCUCCUUCCUCCACUGAUAACCGGACUACAACUUACAGACUCAGAGGUGAUGGAGAAGCCAACCGUCUCUGUGCUGGUGACCCUGCAGGCAGGCUGCUGCACAGGAGCCAUCACACCAGCAGUAAGGGAGCUGCAAGUGGGCUGCAUCCGCUCUGCACAGCCCAGUAAGAAGAGUGGAGAGUUUCACUGGGAUAACUUGGCAUUGCUGCACCAGCAGGGCUUCAACGUGGAACCCAGCAAAGGCACAGUGGAGGCAGGUCAAACACGCACCAUUGUUGUCACAUGGACUCCCCACAGUGGAUACAAGCCCUAUGAGAUGGUGCAGACAUGUGCGCUUCUUACCCUGAAGGGGGAUGAGAGGUAUGUUUACAAAGUUACCCUGAUGGCAUCGGUCUCCACCACUGCUGACUGAUCUCUGCAGUACCUGGAUGCCAGUCAUACACUGACGCAGAACACAUAAAAAUGCCUAUGUCUAUAUUGUGUGUGUUUGUGUGUGUUUUUGUGUUGACCUUUUGACUUCCAAGAGCCAGCAGGGGUUCUAUGUUAGUUUAAGAGAAACAAACACUUCCUCCCUCUUCUUGUUGAAAACUCAACAUGUGCAUUAUAUUGAAUGUUACAGUAAUUAGUCUUUGAUUUGUUAUGUCAGGUCUGGAAGCAUGUACACAU